GUGGCCAGGCUGUAGGUAAGCUGUAUAUAUAGUUCGGGGUGUGAAAAUGGCUUCUGAUGUGCCUUGUUGUGGUGCUGAAUUCUCAUUGUAUUUGUUGAUCAUAGUGGGGUUAGUGUGUUUUGCUGGGUUAAUGGCUGGUCUAACACUGGGUCUCAUGUCUCUGGGUCUUGUAGACCUUGAAGUCCUCAUCAUGUCUGGCCGUCCUCAAGAUCGUAUCCAUGCUGCAAAGAUAUUUCCUGUGGUGAAAAACCAGCACCUUCUGCUAUGUACUCUAUUGAUUGGAAACUCUUUGGCAAUGGAGGCUCUUCCCAUUUUUUUGGACAAGCUUGUGCCUCCAUGGGCUGCAAUUUUGGUAUCAGUCACUCUGAUCCUCAUGUUUGGAGAGAUAUUGCCACAAGCCGUAUGCACCCGUUAUGGCUUGAAAGUUGGAGCGGCAAUGGCACCUUUUGUCCGCGUUCUUCUUUUUCUUUUCUUACCGAUUUCUUAUCCAAUCAGCAAGGUUUUGGACUGGAUGUUGGGUAAGGGACAUGCUGCCCUCCUACGAAGAGCAGAACUAAAGACAUUCGUGGAUUUUCAUGGCAAUGAGGCUGGGAAAGGUGGGGAUCUAACUCAUGAUGAGACAACUAUCAUUGCCGGGGCACUUGAAAUGACUGAAAAGACUGCUAAAGUUGCUAUGACGCCGAUAUCGAAUGCAUUUUCUCUUGAUCUGGAUACAAGUCUUGAUUUGGAAACGUUGAAUAAAGUAAUGACAAUGGGUCAUAGCAGAGUUCCAGUUUAUUAUGGAAACCCGCAAAAUAUAAUCGGGCUUGUUCUGGUUAAAAAUCUUUUAACAAUUGAUUCAGAAGGUCCGGUUCCGUUGAGAAAAAUAAUCAUAAGAAAAAUCCCCCGGGUAUCAGUUGACAUGCCACUAUAUGAUAUUCUUAAUGAAUUCCAAAAAGGUCACAGCCAUAUCGCCGUGGUAUAUAAGGAUCUUAAUAAGAGCAAAGAACAUCUCGAGUUUAAGGAUAGCUGUAAGAAGCGAAGAGGCGAACCCGAGAUGUCAAGAAAAGAUGAUCGUAAGAUUGGUGUAAGUGCCCAGAAAUCGGGGCUUAAUUUGGACUCGCAAGAUGUUCAUACACCUGUGGCUAACAAUGACGGAGGUCAGCUGACAAAGAAGAGCCCACCAGCUACUCCUGCCUUUAAGAAGCGACACAGAGGUUGUUCGUAUUGCAUAUUGGACAUAGAAAAUUUUCCUAUUCCUGAAUUCCCAUCAAAUGAAGAGGUAGUCGGUGUUAUUACCAUGGAGGAUGUUAUCGAAGAACUUCUUCAAGAGGAGAUAUUAGAUGAGACGGAUGAGUAUGUUAAUAUCCACAACAGGAUAAAGAUCAACAUGCAUGCACCUUACGAAAAUGCUAGCAUCCCAACCCCUGCAUCUUCGUCACCCUUGGCCGCUCCAGGUCCUACACCAACCCUUUCGGUGUCCACCAGUACUUCAAAUACAGGUUCACCUGCCGCAACCCUUUUCCCGAUAUGAUGUGAUAGUCAAAUACGGACAAAGAAAAAUAUGUUAAUAUUCCGUUACUUGGUAAGAAUCAAUGACUGACCCUACUUAGUUUUAGGUCGGAAUUGCCGGUAAGAUGCAUGCUUUUAUAGAGAACCGGUACUUGUCGAAAAACUCAUAUAUGGACCUCAUCCUAUAUAGAAUUAAAGAUGGAUCCUGGUUGUUUUGCCUAAAA